CCCAGAGACUCGAUCAUACAAUUUGAAAAUUUCAAAUUGCCAACGAAACAUUGUUUAGGCAUAAAAUAAAAAUAUUCCAAAGAUCAUAUUCAAGAUUGACAUGGCGACUCGGCAGGGCGGCGGCGGCGAUAAUACGCCGGAGAUAGACCGGAGAAGCGGUUUCUGCAAAUCCAAUGCGAUUUUCUACAGCAAACGCGACCCCAUAGCUCUCCCGCCUAACCCAUUCCUCGACGUCACGAGUUUCAUCUCUACGCAGCCUCACCACGGCGAGACCGCCUUCGUCGACGCUCUCACCGAUCGCCGUAUCUGCUUCUCGGAACUAUGGAGAGCUGUCGAUAACGUCGGAGGUUCUCUCUCUGGGUUCGGUGUGCGAAAGGACGAUGUCGUCCUUGUACUCUCUCCGAACUCCGUCCUCUUCCCCGUCGUUUGCCUCUCUGUCAUGUCAAUCGGCGCCAUUAUCACCACCGCGAACCCUCUCAACACUUCCGCCGAAAUCGCUAACCAGAUCGGAGAUUCGUGCCCUGUUCUCGCUUUCACCACGAGUCGACUCGUUCCCAAACUCGCCACCGCCGCGUCGGGGAGGAAUCUCCCGGUGGUUCUCAUGGAAGAGGAGCGCGUGAAUCACACUCACGGCGUGAAGGUAGUCGGGAGAUUGGAGGAGAUGAUGAACACGGAACCGGAACCGAGUUGGGUCCGAGUCAAGUACCGAGUCAACCAGGAGGACACGGCGGCCCUGCUGUACUCGUCGGGCACGACCGGGACGAGCAAGGGCGUGAUGCUAACUCACCGGAAUCUCAUCGCCUUGGUUCAGACGUACCGAGCCAGGUUCGAACUUGAGCAAAGAACCAUCUGCACCAUCCCCAUGUUCCAUGUCUUCGGCUUCGUGUCCUUCGCCAUCGGUUUCGUCGCGGUCGGAUGGACGGUGGUGGUUCUUCCGAGAUUCGAUAUGACCCAAAUGCUCUCGGCGGUGGAGAACCACCGAGCCUCAUACCUAACCCUAGUGCCGCCGAUUCUGGUCGCCAUGAUCAACAACUCCGACGAUAUCAAAGCGAAGCACGACCUGGGUUCGCUUCACACAGUUGUCGCCGGUGGAGCUUCAUUAAGCAAGGAGGUAAUAGAAGGGUUUGUCCGAAAAUAUCCGGCGGUGAAGAUUCUACAAGGGUACGGGUUGACUGAGUCAACGGCCGUCGCGUCUUCGAUGUUCACUCAGGAGGAGUCCAAGAUGUACGGAACUUCCGGGAUUUUGGCUCCGAGCGUGGAGGCGAAGAUCAUGGACACGGGCACGGGUCGGGUCCUGGGUGUGAACCAGACCGGCGAACUCUGGCUCAGGAGUCCAACUGUGAUGAAAGGUUAUUUUAAGAACGAAGAAGCUACUGCCUCUGCUAUAGAUUCAGAGGGAUGGUUGAAGACUGGAGACCUCUGUUACAUUGACGAGGACGGCUUCCUUCAUGUUGUUGAUAGGUUGAAGGAGCUGAUCAAAUACAAGGGUUAUCAGGUCCCUCCAGCUGAGCUUGAGGCAUUGUUGCUCUCUCAUCGAGAUAUUGCCGAUGCUGCUGUUAUACCGUAUCCAGACAAGGAUGCCGGGCAGUUUCCGAUGGCUUACGUCGUAAGAAAAGACGGAAGUAACUUAUCACAAAAUGAAGUCAUGGAUUUCGUCGCCAAACAGGUAGCACCGUAUAAGAGGAUUCGUAAGGUUUCAUUCGUAUCUUCAAUCCCCAAGAAUCCCUCCGGCAAGAUUUUAAGGAAAGAUCUCAUAAAGCUUUCUACCUCCAAACUCUAACAUGAGCAGAUAAUCAAGGAGUGGCCACGAAAGAGAG